CUAGAAGAACUACUAAAUGGACAAAUAAAGUACAAGAAUGAAAAUCUGGAGCUUGGUUCAGAAGCUCAGUAUAGUUGUAAUGAGGGUUACUAUUUACAUGGAACAAAAAUUCUACAUUGUGAACUUUCUGGAAACUAUGUGGAAUGGAGUGAUGCUCCACCACAUUGUGAAGAGGUUUGGUGUAAACCACCUAAACAAAUACCAAAUGGGAGAUUCACCAACAGCCACAAGGAUAUAUUUGAAUAUAAUGAAGAAGUUAUUUAUAGUUGCAAUCCUUCAAAGGGACCAGACGAAUAUUCCCUUGUUGGAGAGAGCAGGCUUGUUUGUAUUGGGCUUAACCAAUGGAGUAGUGACCCGCCUGAGUGUAAAGAGCUUUCCAUUAAUUCUGGAAUUUCUUCACUUUUCAGUGGUCACAUGUGAAUAUCCAGCGCUGGAGAAUGGGAGACUGGUGUCAACACUUGAAAAGGGAAAAUUUCAGUACAAAUCGGAGGUUACGUUCCAAUGCAAGGAGGGAUUUUACCUUGAAGGCAGCCGCACUAUUGUCUGUGGAGCCGACAGUACUUGGGAGCCUAAGAUCCCAAAAUGUACUGAAGAUGGAGGACUCAUUGCCGUGAUUGUUCUUGCAGUAGGUAAGGGCUCAUUAAAGGUGAAGAGGUGUCUGAGCGCGGUAGCCCUGGAUUCCAGGCUCAGGACCACAACUGACCUGAGGUCCGUGUCUGCUGAGCUCCAAGUGCUGCUGCUGCUGGGCCGGGACGCCUAUGCCUGUGAUGACCCACCAAGAUACCAAUCUAUGAAAAUUAAGGGUAAUCCUAAAGCCUCUUAUAAUGCUGGGGACACAAUAGAAUAUGAGUGUCGCCUAGGAUACAAGCGUAUUGUUCCUGUUCUUCCCAUGUCUACUGUUUGUCAGCCCAGUAACACAUGGGUACCUCCUCUCCAGGAGGCUUGUACAAAAAAGGCAUGUCAAAACCUAGGAGACCUCGUAAAUGGUGACGUAGUGUACGCUAACGGAAGUAUGGAGUUUGGCUCACAAGCUCACUUUAAAUGUAAUGCUGGUUAUUACUUACUUGGACCAAAAAUUAUAUAUUGUGAACUCUCUGGAAAUAAUGUGGAAUGGAGUGAUAAUCUACCACAUUGUGAAAAGGUUUUGUGUAAACCACCUCCAAAAAUACCAAAUGGAGAAUUCACCAAUAGCCACAAGGUUUCAUUUGAAUAUAAUGAAAUAGUAACUUACCGUUGUAAGCCUUCCGGUGGACCAGAUGAAUAUUCCCUUGUUGGAGAGAGCAGGCUUGUUUGUAUUGGGCAGGACCAAUGGAGUAGUAACCCUCCUGAGUGUAAAGUGGUCAAAUGUACCUUUCCAAAUGUCCCGAAUGGAAGAGUGGUGUCCGGAUUUGGGAAAAAAUAUCUGUACAAAGCAGAGGUUAAAUUCGAAUGCCUUGCAGGGUUUUACCUUGAAGGCAGCAGCACUAUUGUCUGUGGAGCCGACAAUACUUGGAAGCCUAAGAUCCCAACAUGUAUUAAAGGUGCAAAGGGGUCUUUUUGUCUCUUUUGUUUAGAUUUUAUUUCUUUGACAUUAAAUAGCAAUGAUAUGGAAUAA